AUGCCUGUGAAGCUAACCUUCAUUUGUGUUAUACACUCGGUUAGCGAAAAAGAUUCUCUCGAUUACGUAAUAAGAGAAGCAAUUAGUAUAAUCAGAAGAGAAGAUAAUGAAAGUUUGGAUGUUAGAAUAACAGCUUUUUUUCCGAAAAGUUCUUCGAUACCCAAAUGGGUUCCUAUAUUCGUACCUGAAAAUAUAUUAAGAUUUACAGAAAAAGAAGAUAUUUACCGAUUUGCAACUGAACCAGUUCAAAGCGAUAACGAACUAUUCAAAAGUAUUAAGAUACUCGUUACCGAAUUCAUCAAAGGUGGAAGCUCAGGAAAAAAAUUCCUCAUCAAGUGCAGAUACCUCAAGUCAGAUGAAAGAAUUGACAAAAAACUUCGAAUAUGGAAUCAUUGCCAACCUCACCUAAUACUUCACCUUCCUUUCGCUAUUCCUGACCAACAAAUGAACGAACUGGAAGAAUAUCAGCCCAAGCAAUGGCCAACGCGUCAACUACCCAAAUCGCUAACGAAAGCUUGA